AUGUUCAACUUGGGACUUAUGCAUGAACAGGGACUGGGAAUUACUCGGGAUCUUCACUUAGCGAAACGUUUCUAUGACAUGGCGGCUGAACAGAGUUCGGAUGCCGCUGUUCCAGUAGCUCUAGCCUUGGCCAAACUGACUGUACUAUUUAUUCUUGAACAAAUAAAUAAGAAUCCUGUUAUUCAACUUUUGGAAAAGUACAUAGGACCUAAUUGGGAUAUUAUGGCGAUGACGAUCUUAGCCGGUGUGCCAAUGAUCAUCUUCCUCAGGUGGAGGCGCGGUCAGCAUCUAUGA